AUGAUUAAGGCAAGAACAGGGCGCGAAAAACAAGUUUAUAAAGGUCUCAUACGUCAAUAUAUUGAACUAAAGCCCAAAGGUGGUUGGGAAAAUGAUGAAUCGCAACAAGAAGCAGCAGCUAGAGAAACAUACGAAGAAGGAAAAUUAUCAUAUAUUGGAAUAUGGGAUCAUAAACAAACUGGCUUAUCCAAUACUGCAUUUUGUUUUUUCGAAAUGGAAGUGGAUAAAUUAGAAGAUCAAUGGCCUGAAAUGGAUGAUGCUCUAAAAGCUUUAAUAAAACCUUUCAUGCGGGAAGUGGUAGAACGUUGCUCGUUGGCUCCUUCAAAUAAAUAA